AUGGGAGCGGGCUCGCUAUCAGAGGAAGCGAUAAAGCCUCGCUUGUGCGCCAGACCCCGGCCUUCCCCUCAGCAGAACGCCGAAAUGUCCGGAGAAGGCGAGCAGGAGCCCGAGACCCCCGCGGGACCCGAGCGGGAGGGGGCUGUGUCCCGCAGGACGGGCCAAGCUUUUAAAGAUACUGGCAAAGCACCUGUGGAACAAGAGGUGGCGAUUCAUCGCAUUAGAAUUACCUUGACAAGUCGCAAUGUGAAAUCACUGGAGAAAGUCUGUGCUGACUUGAUCAGAGGUGCUAAGGAAAAAAACCUGAAGGUCAAGGGACCCGUUCGCAUGCCCACCAAGACCCUGCGGAUCACUACCAGGAAGACGCCCUGUGGUGAGGGUUCCAAGACCUGGGAUCGCUUCCAAAUGCGUAUCCAUAAGCGGCUCAUUGACUUGCACAGCCCUUCCGAGAUCGUGAAGCAGAUCACCUCCAUCAGCAUCGAACCCGGCGUAGAAGUCGAAGUUACUAUUGCCGAUGCCUAAAUGACGGUCGUCGUUGAAUAAAGUUGAUUUACAAGUUUUCA